UUAUAAAACCACAAGUACAAGCCGUCAAUUAAUCAUGUGACUUAAUUACUGUACAAAUACUACACUACCUAGCUUCUACUGGCCGGCUCUGUACUUGUCACUGUGAUCACAGCACACACACAACACACACCUCUAUAGCCCAUAGAAUAAUGGCUGCAAGUACAGUCAUGUCCCCUGAGCCUCUACUGACGUUCACAGAAGUAUUCGACUUCAAGAAGUUCGCCAGAGACCAUCUCUCCAAGACGUCCGCUGAGUCGGCUCGUCUGAUUGGUCAAGAGCGAGACGGCAGCAUCCUCUUUGCGUGGGACCAGAAAAACAAUGUUGGAGAUAGGACGACGAAUAUCGGGCUAUAUCAGAAAAACAUGUCCUCUUUUCUCACCGUCUUUCAGCACGAUACGAUGGCUAAUAUCGUAUCAGCCACUAUCAAUGCAGACCGUACACUACUAGUGUACACAGUCGAAACAACAGAGCAAGAAGAAACAAUUUUAUACGAUAGUUUCAUUGUCGAGAUAAAGCCCCAGAAUCGAGUUUUCACUCUAAAUCUCACCGGGAGUGAUUUUCGAAAGAUUCAAUUCAUAUAUCCAGAGGGAAAUUUGUCAAGUAAAUCCACGCGUAGUCAACAAGUUUCGCUGCUACUAGUCGUUGUCCCGACCGUCUUUGUUGGUCUGUACAAGAUCAAGAUGCAAGCCACUCGAGACGGUGCCGUCAUGGCAACGCAACCGGACAAACAAACGAUACUCAAGAAUUUCAUCUGGUACCAAUGGGACCCCAACACCCAGUACCUGUAUCACGCAAGGUUCGAAACUGCGACCACUCGUGAACAAGCAGUGAUCGGAGGUCAAAACACACUCAUGCUCAAUUGCACCAGAUUUUUGAAUGAAUCCCACCAUCUUGUUUUCAUCGUCCCUCUGCCACUGCCCUACAACGUGUCUCUGUACACCAGGUCUACAACAUUCUACCAGUCACCCUUCUCACUCACUCUACCAGUUCGAGAAAUUAAUUUGCAAAUUUUGCAUCGUCGCGAUGGCUUUUGGUGCGCCUGCUUGCAACACUGUACUGGGUGGAGCCCCGAUCCACAAUCGACAAGUACCGAAUCUUCUACGGCUUGCAAAAUCGACUACUCCGUUUUUCUAUUUCACAACAGUCAUGUGAUGUACGGCCAAGUCCCUAUGUCUGUGCCGGCUGACCAGAGCCUAUAUGUACACUUCAUGCUGAUUGGAUCGUUUGUGGUUGCCUACAUUCCCGGGUUCAUGCUUCACCUGCUCAACGUUGGCCCGAGGGUGGAUCCAUGUCAUCAUCUCACGUUCGGACCAGACCACUCCCUCUUCCUCCCCAAACAGCCUGAGGGCGUGAAUGACAAGAUUGACGAUGUGGCUCAAAGUUCUGUGUCUCUCACCAGUGCGGUCAGCUUCUCUCUCUCUGGUGAUUACAGUAUACCCGUUAUUGACGUCAACUCGAGCGUCAUCUACAAUUGUUCACUGGAUGCAGCCGGCUUUCUGACUCUAUUUAAGCAGUGCAAGAACCCGGAAAUGAUGGAAGAUCUGCUCCAUCUUGUCAUCGUGGGACUAUCAAAUCCGGGCAUGGCAAUGUCAAUGAUUGAGCACGUCUGUCGGACGCCGAUGAGUUUCAGCGAUCACAAAUUGUUUGCCGAGUUUUUAAUUGCCUCCAGUUUUGCUAACAUCCAUCUUGAAGCGAGGCAGUUUAUCGUUCGGCAACUACCACUUACGAUGUCACCAACAUUUCAAGGGAAAGUGUACAAAAAUGAAGACGGCGUCAAGCUUGCUUAUCUCAAAAUCUCCUUCAUGAAGUCGUUUGUGAAGCAGCUUCUGGUUCAAUCCAAUCAAAAGCUCGUGGCCCCUGAUUCAGAGCUGUUGCUCAACCACUCCCCCAACCCUGACGAAACGUACGAAACACUCUGUUUCAAUGCCGUCAUCAACCAAAGCAAGUACACACGUAUCGAUAUGCGUGCUCUCUCACUGCAAGUCACCGAGACACAACAAGCAGGCUCGGCCAGCCCUGGAAGCAGUCGCGAUAAAAACAGCUCUAAGAAAAAACCAGCGUCCAAAACUAUGGGCACGUCUACUGGAAUAUUUCACAAAAUCUCUUCAACUCUGGGCAGAAAGCAACCCAGCCUCAGUCAAUCACUCUCCAUACACAAUGGUAAGGACCCUCAGGAGAUGCUCUGGUUUCUCGAUUCUGACGACGACAUCUUGGAUGAUGUCAGUGCAGACGGAGCUCAGGUUAGAGAACGAAUGCUCGCUACGAUGGCCAAGGACUUACCUCUGAGAGCCAAGAACGUGGUGUACAACACAAACUUAAAGUACUACGCUGAGUUACAGAGACAGUCGUGUAAUCUGCUACUCACGAUUUGGUCUGCACUCGGCUUCAGCGUCGACAGCCACCCACUGCAGAUGAUCAUCUGCCGUUCCCCUUCGCCCAAAGAGCAGAUUUUUCACGAGCUUUUGGAGGCCUAUCUUUUAGCGCAUCUUGAGAUCGGCUUGCACCCACCGUCUGGUUUUCACACACUCUACAACUCUAUGGUUUUCAUGUGUCUCGAUCGAUCGCUGUUUCUUCAACAUCUGUACAACGGUGCACUCACUCCGACAAGACGUUUCGUCGAUAUGCUAUUGGAAGAUUGUCAAGAAGAUGAUGCCGAAAUCGUGUUUCAAAUUUUCAAUGGACUCGAGUAUCGACUGGCAGAGUACGCCCUCGAGCGAUGGCGUGACCCGACCUUUGUCACCCUAGUGGGUAACAGCAAGACACAGGUCAAAGACAAAUCUAGGCAUUAGUGUUGUGUGUGUGUGUGUAUGCAUGUGCUUAAUUUAAUUUUAAUUUACACGCUUACGACUGUACAUAUUUAUAUGUCACAGUCACACUAUUAUAUAAUUUUUAUAAUGCUUAAUAAUAAUUUAGUUAUUGAAAUACAAA